AUGUGGACGACCACCAGCGGCUUGAGUGGUCGGUCGCUCCGCUUGAGCAUCACCAUCGCCGCUGUCAUGGGUUUCUCGCUCUUUGGCUACAACCAGGGCAUGAUGGCCGGCCUCCUCAACGGCGACGAAUUUGUAAACUCCUUCCCGAUCCUUAGAAUGCCCGACCCUCCGACUCCGGCGCAAGAACACUACAUCAACGUCAUCCGUGGUGCUGUAACAUCCUGCUAUGAACUGGGCUGUUUCUUCGGCGCCUUGUUCUCCAUGUUCUUCGGUGACAAACUCGGCCGCACCACCCUGAUCUUCAUCGGUGCUAACGUGCUGAUCGUUGGUGCCUUGAUUACAACGGUGUGCUUUACUGGCAAAUGGGAAGUCGGUCAGUUCGUCAUCGGUCGUGUUGUAUCCGGCAUUGGAAAUGGGAUGAACACGGCCACGAUUCCUGUGUGGCAAUCGGAAUGCUCCGGGGCUCACAACCGUGGCUUCUUGGUUUGUUUCGAAGGUGCGAUGAUCGCUGGCGGCACUUUUAUUGCCUACUGGGUGGUCUUUGGUCUCUCGCACGCUGCCGAUACUGUUCAGUGGCGAUUCCCUAUUGCGCUUCAGAUCUUCUUUGCUCUGAUUGUGGGCUCCGGUGCCCUGUUGCUCCCAGAUUCUCCCUCAUGGUUUGUGAGCAGAGGACAUGACAAGGAGGCCUGCGAAGUUCUCGCUAAGCUCAAUGGCACCACUCCUGAUUCCGAUAAGGUCCUUCACGACUUCAACUUCUUGAAGACGGACGUGGAAUCCUCGAAGAACUCGCAGUCAAGCUGGAAGGCGGUAUUCACAUUCGGCAAGACCCAGGAAUUCCAGCGUCUUCUUAUUGGUUGCUCCGGCCAGUUCUUCCAGCAGUUCACCGGCUGUAACGCCGCUAUCUACUAUUCAACCCUACUUUUCCAAGAAAACCUGCACCUGGAGAAAUACCUAUCUCUCAUCAUGGGUGGUGUUUUCGCUACCGUUUACGCCAUUGCGACUAUCCCAUCCUUUUUCAUGAUUGAGAGAGUUGGCCGUCGCAACCUAUACUUGAUUGGUUUCCUGGGCCAGGGCCUUAGUUUUGUUAUCACAUUUGCUUGCUUGAUCAAAGAGAACGAGAACAACGCCAAGGGUGCUGCCGUUGGUAUCUUCCUCUUCAUCGUUUUCUUCGCAUUCACUCUCCUACCGCUUCCCUGGAUCUACCCCCCGGAGAUCAACCCCCUCCGUACCCGUACUGUGGGUGCGGCGGCGUCGACUUGCACCAACUGGAUCUGCAACUUUGCCGUGGUCAUGUUCACGCCGCUUUUCGCUGGUCAGAGUCCAUGGGGCGUCUAUCUCUUCUUCGCACUUUUCAACUUCCUCGGCUUGAUCUUCGGCUUCUUCUUCUAUGUUGAAACUGCCGGCCGUGAGCUUGAAGAGAUCGACAUCAUCUACGCCAAAGCCCAUGUCGAAGGCAAGAUGCCGUUCAGGGUUGCCAACACCAUGCCCAAGCUCAAUUUCGAGGAGAUUGUCCAGCAGUCUCGCGACCUGGGCCUGGAUACCAACGAUCAUUCCGCACCUGAGAAGAACGAGCUCGGCCUCAGCAGUGAUAGUGGCCAGGAGAUCGAGGAGGUCCGGGAGAAGUAG